AUGGAACCAAACAUCCAAUUGGUUAGGAAUAGUGGCAAUCCAGUCUCUCAAUUGGAUUAUGCUAGUUUAAUUGGAUGCUUGAUGUAUGCCAUGACUAGUACUCGGCCGGAUAUAGCUUUCGCUAUUGGCAAACUAAGUAGGUAUACUAGUAACCCUAGUAUGGAACAUUGGCAAGCCUUAAGGCGAGUAUUGAGAUACUUGAAUAAAACUAUUCACUUUAGUUUGACAUUCAAGGGAGAUCCUUCGGUGUUAGAAGGUUACUUGGAUGGUAGUUGGAUAAGCAACAAGGAAGACUAUUCGUCUACUAGUGGUUGGGUAUUUCUUCUUGGAGGAGGUGCCAUAUCUUGGGCAUCUAAGAAGCAAACAUGUAUUACCGAUUCAACUAUGGGGUUGGAAUUCAUUGUGAUAGUGCUUCUACCAUUUCAAAGGCUUAUAGCCAAAUUUAUAACGGCAAAUCUCGACACAUUGGUGUGA